UCAGUGUCAGUGCCAGUGAGCGUGAGUGUGAGUGUGUGUGUGUGAGGCAACAUGCGGGCGUCUAACCGGGGCGGGCGGAUGCUGGUCGCCACGGCAGCGGCGUUCGCCGCCUUCAGCCUCAUGACCGUCGCCGUGGGAACCGACUACUGGCUGUACUCGCGCGGUGUGUGUCAGACGAGGAGUGCGGGAGAGAACGACACGGGCCACCACAACGAGGAGGUGCUCACACACUCCGGUCUCUGGAGAAUGUGCUGCAUGGAAGGUACCUUCACGGGUGUGUGUAAGGAAAUUGAUCAUUUCCCUGAAGAGUCUGAAUAUGAGCAGGAUGCUGGAGAAUACCUACUGAGAGCAGUGCGGGCCUCAAGUGUGUUUCCAAUCCUCAGUGUGGGUCUGCUGUUUGCGGGGGGCGUGUGUGUGGCAGCCAGCGAAUUCUACAAGACACACUACAAUGUGAUCCUCAGCGCUGGUCUCCUGUUCGUCUCCGCUGGUCUCAGUAACAUCAUCGGUAUCAUCGUGUACAUCAGCGCGGCGACUGGUCUCAGUAACAUCAUCGGUAUCAUCGUGUACAUCAGCGCGGCGGCGGGCGACCCAUCACAGAGCGAGUCCAAGCGGAGCCACUGGUACGGAUGGAGCUUCUACUGCGGCGCCUCGUCCUUCAUCGCCACGGAGACGGUGGGCGUGCUGGCCGUGCACCUCUUCAUCGACGCCCACCGCCGCCUCCGAGCGGCCAACCCGUCGCGGCGCACACAUACACACACGCGCACGCGCUCACACUCGCUCACGCGCUCGCGACGCUCUUCCAGCUACCGCUCCCGUUACCGACGGCGACCCAGCCGCAUGUCCGAAACGCGCCUCACCCCACCGUCGCUAUGGAGACCGGCCCUGGCCGCGGACCUGUUGCCGCUCACCCUGAUAAACAUGGCGGGCUCCGUGGAAGAGGACCCGCUUCCAAUGUACUGUAGAUACGAAGAGCUUGUUACAGUGUAG